AUGAGUGGAGAUGGAACGGGUGGCAAGGUUUAUGCGAGUUCGAGCAAUACGACGUGGGCGUGGGAUUUGGAUGGGGGGAAUUUGACCUUGACGAAUCGGACGGUGGUGGUGAGUAAUAUGGCGAAUGCGGAUCAUGACACUCGUACGCUCCUGCUCUCGUCAGUCUUCCCUGAUCUUCUCGUUAUCAACCGUGGUUCGAACUCCAACCUCGAUGAAGGCGCUGCAGUCGAGGAUAACCAACGUGCAAUGGUCAAAGUGUUCAACUUGACGAACCUACCAGAUGACGGUUACGAUUUUACAAAUGAUGGAAUCAUUGCGGGGUGGGGCCUGAGAAAUGAUGUGGGGCUUGUCGAGGACUGGGAGGGAGGGUUGUGGACAGUCGAAAAUAGUGCGGACGACAUCACUUAUACCGCGAACAGUACCUCAACUGACGUCCACCUGAACAACCCCGGCGAAAAGCUCAACUACCUCGGUCCCAUUAGCAACCCAACAGGCAGCUUCCAUGGUUACCCAAACUGUUUCGCAGUCUACAAUGCCUCCGAGUUUCCCACUGGUACAGACUUCACUACCGGCGACCAAUUCGCCCUCUCACCAAACUCAACGCUCAACGACACGACCUGCGCGAACAUCUCCAACCCUCCUCGACUGACGUUCCAAGCACACUCCGCCCCUCUCGAUAUCAAAUUCCUCCCAAACUCAAACAAAUCACAAGCUUUCGUCACCUUUCACGGAAGCUGGGACCGCGCCCCACCGACGGGGUACAAGAUCGUCCGCGUGCCGUUCACCAACUCGUCGAGUACGGGUGGGUUCGGGCCUGUUGCUGAUUUGACGGAUAUGUUUGGGUAUGAAGACGUGCUGUGGAACCCAGAUAUAAGUGCUUGUCCAAAUGGUAGAUGCUUCAGACCGGUGGGGCUGGCGUUUGAUAGUCAAGGGCGGAUGUUUGUGAGUUCGGAUUCCACGGGAGAUGGACGACUCCUACUGGUGCUACGACCAUGA